AUGAAUCGCCCCGCAAUGCACCGACCAACGGAUGGUCGCUCAGAACAACCCUUACUCAAGGAUGAUGAACGCCGUUUCUCUCGAUCUACUAGCUUCGAAGGUGAUGCAGAAGGCCGGCCCAUGUUGCACCACACACGUCGACCUACCAUUCGGAGUAAAAGCCCGGAACACGAUGCCGCCCAAGCAACCCGCAAAAAGUACAUAAUUGCUUUGGGCUUCUUGUUACUAAGCUUGGCUAGCUUUGUGGUGCAGACCGAAACCGCUGUUUAUAUCCAGCAUGAGCUGCACUGGGAUAAGCCGUAUUGCAUGCUCUAUAUUACUCACGGAUCCUGGAUAUUGCUCUGGCCGUUCCAGCUACUUAUUCUCCGAAUCCAGAAACGAAAGCUAUCAUGGGAUGCAUUCUGGCGCCGCCAUGUCUCCCUUCUCCGAAGCACCGCCCAAAUGGUAGAACACCAAGAAGUCCAUCUGACCUCUCGCCACUCUCAUCGAUCGCCGGUCCCAUACAUGCUCAAGACAACUGCUUUUGUCACCAGUGCCCUGACUGUCGCGGGCGGCUCAUGGUACGUAGCCGUCAAUAUGACCACAGCCAGUGACUUGACCGCAAUCUACAACUGCUCGGCUUUCUUUGCCUACGCCUUCUCAAUUCCUCUUCUCAAGGAGAAACUGCGAUUAGACAAGGUCUUCGCAGUGGGCGUUGCCAUUAUCGGCGUGCUUGUCGUGGCAUAUGGCGAUCGACCCGACAAGAAAGUCUCCAAGGGCGGGACAACCAACGAAGACGGCGAAGCACAAAGCCGACUACUAGGCAAUAUUGUUAUUGGCGUGGGGAGUAUCCUCUAUGGUCUCUACGAGGUGUUAUAUAAACGGUUUGCCUGUCCUCCAGAGGGCACUAGUCCAGGCCGUGGCACCAUUUUCGCCAAUACCUUUGGCAGUCUCAUUGGUGCAUUCACUCUUACCGUCCUGUGGAUACCGUUGCCAAUUCUUCACUACCUGGGUUGGGAGACAUUCCGGUUCCCCUCCGGCGAGGCAGGCCGGAUGCUCCUCAUCUCCAUAUGUGCCAAUGCUACAUUUUCUGGGUCUUUCUUGGUACUUAUCUCACUCACGUCUCCCGUCCUCUCAUCGGUUGCUGCGCUCCUGACAAUCUUCCUGGUCGCUAUCGUGGACUGGUUCCGCACCGGGCAACCUCUUUCUUUCGCGGCCAUCAUUGGAGGUAUACUAAUCAUGUUCGCAUUUUUCCUCUUGAGUUGGAGCACGUAUCGCGAACUCAGUGAAGAACGGAAAAAGCAUCUCGAAGACGAUCAAGUUGAGUCGGAAAAUGACGAAUAG